AUGUCAUCAGCACCUGUAGCGCCCACCGCAAUGAGCUCGCAGUUUCCCAAUGAGUCGCCAAUCAUUGUUGAUGAACAGCUUGAUGAAGACGCAAAAUCAGAUGUCACCAGCACCAUAGCAUCCUCAACGACUAGCCUUGCAGACUCAAUGUUCAAUUUUCGUGUGGAGAAUGGGCGCACAUAUCAUCGAUAUAAAGAUGGAAAAUACUCCUAUCCCAAUGAUGAGAGGGAAAGUGACAGACUGGACCUUCAACAUCAGCAAUUCCUCCAUUCUGUCGAUGGAAAACUUGGCCUCUCACCGCCGAACCAAGAUGACUACCCCGCCAAGCGUGUUCUCGAUAUUGGUACUGGAACCGGGAUUUGGGCAAUUGAGUUCGGUGAGCUCAAGCCCGAAGCAGAGGUCAUUGGCAUUGACUUGUCUCUCCCUUUGGCCGAGUAA